UUUUUUUUUUUUCUAUAACAGAUUUAUUUCUUCUUUUUGAUAUUUAAUUGAAUUGUAUAAAAACGACAGUGAAAAAAAAGUAGGCUACUACACAUCCAAUGUAUUUUCAUUCUGCAAGUUCAAGGCAUGAACAAUAUGCUAAUUUACGAAAACAGCGGAAUCAACAAACCAAACUAGUACGAACGUCAACAUCGUCUAAUGCAUCUGGUACUGAUAGUGGAUAUAAUUCACCUACAUCACCUCAACUUCAUCCUCAAGUAGAAAAGAAUCAUCAACCACAACAACAACAACAACAAGAACAACAAAAGGAACACAGUCAUCAGUUUGAAGAAGACCAUGCCUCAACAACCUCCUCUGUUGUAACAGAUACAACACUAGACUCUAAUUCAGAACAUAAUCGACCAAAGAAAAAGCGAAAUCGAAAGAAGAAAUAUUUGGAUCAACCUCCUCGUCAACCUGAUUUUGUAUAUUCAUGUCCACGACCUCUCGCUUUCCCAUUUCACAACGAUUGUCAUUUUUUACCUGUCGCUGAAGCUGAUCCUCGUGAUGUGGCUCGGAUUUCCCCUCCUCGUCGAAUGCCAUCCAUGGAAUCUACAACCACUAGUAAAACUGGAUCCACUAGAGACUCUUUUGAUCAACAUAGUUCCUUCCAAUCUAGCGCUCGUACCAGCACUUCUUCAGUUCAAGACUCUAUUCGUGAUGAUGUAUCAACAAGUACUUGCUCAAGUCGUCCAGCUUCAUUCAUCAGUUCAGUUCAACAAGGUACCGUUCGUUCUCUACGUUCAUUGUUCCAAAUGUCCAAGUCUGAUGAUCCGCCUUUAUCUUCCUCCAACUCUGCUGCCACCAUCAAUACCAACUCUGAAAGCGUGUUAUCAGAUCGAUUACCAAGACUACAAGCAAAAACUGGAACAGUCGCCUCCUUACGCAAAUUUUUUUCUCGACAACAACAACAAUCGACAGACAGUACUAUACAAAAUCAUCAGCAACCUGUAUCAAAUUUUGCAAGAUCUGCUAUUGCUGCCAAAGUAAAUAAAAAGAAUACCAACCUUGAUUCUGACGAUCUCACUGCCAUCAAUACUGCCAAGAACAGCCAAUCAGGUGACACGACCAAAAAUCUUUUCUUUGGAAAACGACGCCCGAUCAACAAUUCAUCACAGAAAAAGCGAUAUAACGAACGAUCGUCACCAAAACAAUCUACGCCAACUACUAAAUCUUCUUCAUCCACGUUCUCCAUCAAUCGAUUAUGGCCAUCAAAAUCCAACAAAACCUCUACCACAACAACAAUCCCUUCAUUAGAUGAUUUACCAAAACCACCUUCUGCACCACCUGGAUCCUCACCUAGUCGAAAAGAUUCUCCUUUACCUCCUUUACCACCUGUGAUUCCAAAACCAUCUUUCUCAUCUGGAUUCAAAAAUCUCUUUUCAUCAUCAUCAACUAAAUCUACACCGGAAGUAUCAUCUGCAGCAUUAUCCUCAUCAUCGUCAUCAUCACCGUCAUUAUCAACAUCAGAAUCCGCAACAGCAACGACAACAACAACAAAAGCGCCUCGCCGAUCAUUCUUUGCAUCAUUUAGACGUUCAUCUUCCUCAGCAUCAUCAUCAUCAUCAUCAUCAACACCAAAGGAUACAAAACAACAUCAACAAAAGGAUGGAACGACGAAAUUGACUGGAGAUGAAGAAUUACAAAGUAGUCAACCAACAACUACUGUGGGUCGAAUCUGGAAAAGUUUUAAACGUUUGGUUACUGGCAACAAAUCUUCUAGAGUAGGUGUUCUUUGAAAUCCUUCCCUCUAUCAGUUAUUUGAUACUCUUUAUAUGCCCCCCUUCUAUAUGAUUCUAUGAUACUUUUUUUUUAUGGUUUUAUGUUUUUUUUAUGCCCUUGUCUCUCAUUUAUAUCUUUUUCUUAUCUUUUCCCAUUCCCGCCCUUUCAUCCACUAUUUAUUCAUGUAUACAUAUUAUAUAUUAUAUUCAUUAUCUUUAUAUUUAUAUCAUAUACCCUCACAAAUC